AUGUCCUCCCAAAAGGAAGAAGAAAAAGAUUGCCUCUCUGGGGAUUCCUGGGUUCAGAACCUCCUGGUCUGUGGCCUUGGCCGUGAUGAUAGGGAUGAGGAGCACCAUGGCUCUGCAUACAGACCCUCCAGAGCAGUCCAGAGAGUUAAGGCCCAGGCUAGACAGGGGUGUCACUACAUGAGUAUCACUCAGCAGGUGAGGUACCUGGACAGGUUCAUCUGGGAACAGCAGGAGAUCUGUUCCUACAACAGUGAGGUGGGUUUCUACAUGGCUUGCAUAGAGUUGGGACGGGCAAUUGUUGAGUAUUGGAACAGGCUGCAGUGGCUUGGCUACCUGUCGGCUUCAAGGGAGAAAUACUGCAGCUAUAACUGGAGGAGGACUCAGAGUGUGAUGGACAGGAGAAAAGCAUGCUCUGGAUCUGCUGUGAGCAAGAAGGUGACUGGCACGCUGGGUUUUGUGCUGGGCGUAGGCUUUGUUGUGGUGGGACUCGUCAUCUAUCAGAAGAAAAAGAAAGCUGAAUAA